AUCCCGGCGUGCUCUGCGCCCGGAAGAGGGCACUGCUCUGGCCCCGCCCCGGAAGAUAAGGCGACUCGCGGGUGCCGCAUUUCCUCUUUUGGCCGCGCUCCGUAGCAGACCAGCCGUCAUGGGCCGAGUGAUCCGUGGACAGAGAAAGGGUGCCGGCUCCGUGUUCCGCGCGCACGUGAAACACCGCAAGGGCGCCGCACGUUUGCGCGCAGUGGACUUCGCAGAGCGACACGGCUACAUCAAAGGCAUCGUGAAGGACAUUAUCCACGACCCGGGCCGCGGCGCGCCCCUCGCCAAGGUCGUCUUCCGGGAUCCAUACCGGUUUAAAAAGCGGACCGAGCUGUUUAUCGCCGCCGAGGGCAUCCACACAGGCCAGUUCGUGUACUGCGGAAAGAAGGCCCAGCUCAAUAUUGGCAAUGUUCUCCCUGUGGGAACCAUGCCUGAGGGUACGAUUGUGUGUUGCCUGGAGGAGAAGCCUGGGGACCGGGGCAAGCUGGCCCGAGCCUCCGGUAACUAUGCCACGGUCAUCUCUCACAAUCCUGAGACCAAGAAGACUCGUGUGAAGCUGCCCUCUGGCUCCAAAAAGGUCAUUUCCUCGGCCAACAGAGCUGUUGUCGGUGUGGUGGCUGGAGGUGGCCGAAUUGACAAACCUAUCUUGAAAGCUGGUCGUGCCUACCACAAGUAUAAGGCAAAGAGGAACUGCUGGCCUCGUGUACGGGGUGUGGCCAUGAAUCCUGUGGAACAUCCCUUCGGAGGAGGUAACCACCAGCAUAUUGGCAAACCCUCCACCAUCCGCCGAGAUGCUCCUGCUGGCCGCAAAGUGGGUCUCAUUGCUGCCCGCAGGACUGGGCGACUCCGUGGAACCAAGACCGUGCAGGAAAAAGAGAACUAGGCCUGAUGGGCUCAAUAAAGUUUGUCCUUUUGCUGUUG